AUGCCGUGGUUGUACGACAUCGAGAAGCAUAAAACGUUCGCCAAAACGUGGCAGAAAGAUGUGCAGGAAAAGCUUAUGGAAUUGGAGACCGUAGAGUUUAUAGGAGACGACACGUUUAUGGCCGACGUGAAUGUGAACGUCUUUGCCGAGAGAGGAAGAAAAAUUGUGUUUCAUAAUAACUGUCGCAUAGCAGCGAACGUAUAUUUACACGGGCCCAUAGAAGUAGGGGAAAACGUUUCGAUCAAUCAGCACUGUCACAUGGAAGGACCCAUCGUGAUAGGGAGCGAUUCGAGGAUAGGCCCGUCCACUUCUAUUUUCGCCUUUAACCACAACUUCGACGAGUCAGAAACACUCAUUCGCUCACAGAAAGUAAAAUCAGAAGGAGUACACAUUGGAGAGGACGUGUGGAUAGGCGCAAACGUUUCAAUCGUCGAUGGUGUGACUAUAGGCGCACACUCCGUCGUCGGCAUUGCAUCAGUUGUUACGAAGAAUAUUCCAGAGUAUGAGGUAUGGGCAGGCAAUCCGUGUAAAAAAAUAGGCGAACGCAAGCGACCCCCCCCUCGGGAAUGA